UAACAGCACAGAGGACGUAUUUGCUACAAGCAAAAUCACCGCGAAAAUGGGUGUCUUGACAACAUUAUUUCAAUGCGCUCAGUCGCCAUUUUUAAAGGGCAGACAAAUUUUCAGAUGCCUUUCGUUAAAUAUUUCGACUCGUGUAGAUUGUAGUGGCAUUUUGUCUCCAGUUGCCACACCAUUCAACAACGAUGAAUCAAUUAACUUCGAUAAAUUGGCCGAGAAUUUAGAUGAAUGGAAUAAAACUGACUUGAAAGGAUAUCUGGUCCAAGGCAGCAAUGGAGAGACAGUUUCACUGUCCACUGAAGAAAGGCUGCUGCUCAUCAAGCAAGCCCGCACCUUCAUUCCUAGAAACAAGAUACUUCUUGCUGGAGCUGGGUGUGAAGGUACUAUGAACACUAUCAAGAUGUGUGAAGAAAUGGCUGCUGCAGGAGCUGAUGCCGUGAUGCUGGUUUCCCCUUCAUUUUACAAGUCUGGAUUAAAUGACCGGUCAUUGAUUCACCACUAUUCAGCCGUGGCCGACCGGUGUCCUCUGCCUGUCUUCUUGUACUCAGUGCCUGCUUACACUGGUGUAGAUUUAAGUGUCGCAGCAAUUAGAACGCUGAGUCAGCAUCCCAACAUUUGUGGUAUUAAGGACAGCGGUGGUGAUGUCACCAAAUUAGCUGCUCUCGUUCACGUCACUGCAGGCAACAACUUCCAGGUGCUGGCUGGAUCUGCGGGAUAUCUUCUUGCCGCGCUGCACGUUGGUUGCGUGGGUGCCAUAUGUGGUCUGGCCAACGUGCUGCCCCGGGAGCUGUGCCAGCUUUUCGACUUGUUCGUCGCUACCACGUCUGGCACUGCCCACGCUGCCGCGUCUGAAGCCUUGUCACUCCAGCGACGACUAAUUGAACCCAACUCAGCCGUGACCAAAACACUUGGAGUCCCUGCCAUGAAAUUCGCCAUGGACAUCAUGGGUUACUAUGGAGGCCCAACGAGAUCGCCUCUCUUACCGCUACUUGCUGAUCAGCAAGAGGCUGUGAAGACAUUGUUCAAUGAAUUUUUGUAAUCACGAGAGUUCGCACAACGCUCUUCUUUCAUUCAAUUUCGGAAUUUUACAUCUUGUCGCUGCAAAAUGUUUUGAUUAAGAUGACCAGAAGAAAUUCAGCGCCACUAAACAAAACUUCGAAAAUUAUUUCACUGAAUGAAUGCUGUUUCAGCUUUGCUGAUCGAGUGUUAUUGCAGUGACAAACGGUAUUCCCAGAUUC